UUCAUAUUUCACAACUAAAGUCGACCAAGACGAAGAAGAUUGUAACUGAAAUCGAAACCAAAAAGAGAUUGAAAAACUCAACGCUCAAUCUAAGGGGCAAAUUUCAAGUUCAAGAGAUGUCAGAAAAGCCCAAAAAGUACAAUAUGAACAUCAUGAACACGAACAAAUUUAUGUACAAAACCACGUAAUGUAGCAACAACAAACAUGGCACUCAAGCAGAAUUGAAGAAAAAAUCCAAAAACAAAUGUCAUCUCCAGAACGAAUGAAAUGAAAAUGAUUUGCAACACCGAGUUUAUAUAAAUGCCAUUUUUAGAUGGCAUUCUGAUUAGUUUUAUCUAAAAUACUUUACCAAACAAAACGUAACGUGGAGAAGAAAGUUUUAAAAUCGGACAACUAAAGUGAAAUUUAACAAAAAAAAAAAAAGAAAAACGAAAGAAAUAUUCACAAAAAAAAUCGAAAUGCGCGCGUAUUGUUUGGCGGUGGUGCUGAUAUUGGCCAUGAUAUCGGCCCUUUACUGCAUCCCCAUUGAGGUUGUCUACACAGGCGACAGCUGCGCCUGCCCCAAAUCCCUCAACUAUUUAGUCAAUGUACCACCUCCACCGCAGCCCAAAGAGAGUAAACGCUACGAACAUGGCUAUAAAUUAGAAGUGCCCCCACCGGCUAAGACCAAAAUGACCUAUACUUUUGAUUUUACCGUACAGGAGCCCAAGACUCCCAUCCCCAUGGAAGAUGAAAAAUUGAAUUUGUAUGCUAAAGUGGAUCGCAUUACAGCCCAUAAAAAAGAUUGCGUGCCCACAAAAGGUGUCAAAUCGCCCCUCUGCAAAUGUGUUGGAAAAUGCCAAUGUUCCCACUGUAGGUACGUAUCAUCAGCAAUGCCGCUAGAGACUGUCAUUAGGCAGAGUUCACAAUCAUAUGACCAUCCAAAUAGUCUGUAUAAAACCUCAAAACGAACGCCAUAUCCCGUCUUAGCCUGGGCUGCCAUUGUCACACCAGUGAAAAAGGAACCAACCUUUCAUGAGAAUCAGUUGGUGGCCCCUUUCAGAAGUCGCAGUAGAAGGGAUUUAAGCUCAAUUUUCGGACUUAAUCGUAAGACAAAUAAUGAAAAACGAUCUGAACGUAUGAUUAAACAGUACACCAAACGUUUGCCACCCAAAGAGGAAGUGACCACUAUGCCCUCAAUUAUUCCCAGUUUGGGGGAAAACUUUAAACCCUUUGCCGUCUUUCCAAAAUUAAACGAUGUAAAGCGUCCUUUUGAGAAAUUACACGAAAUGAUGUUCUCCCCCCCGGGCGGGCAACAGAGAAAAAAACGUGACAUUAAAGGGGAAUACGAUAUGUUGGAGAAAGAACGGGAACAAAUGGAUUUGACAUUGCCCGAAAUUAUCCAAUACAUGCCGGAGACUCUGGAUCCCAAUUUCAAAAGAGGUCGUUGCCAAUUUGGCAAUUGUCAGCUUCAUGGGCAGCACUUGCACAAAUCCCACAAAAAAGAGUUUGGUGACGACAAGGCAGGCCAGAGUUUAGCCAACGAUGAACCCAUAAACUAUGAGGCUUCUGAUGAUCACAAAAAUGUCUCUGGCAAAGGGGAUCAGGAUCAGGACAAUGAAGGUACUCACAACUCCUCCAAUGCCAGCAGUGAAAAUGACAUUAAUCGUUCAUCAUCGCUUUCCCCCAAGAAACGAAAUGUCAAUCAUUACAGCUGCAGUCAUUUGAAGCAUUUCAUCUCUCCCCCUCCUCCAUCCGAAGGCUAUUACAUUGAGUCUUAUGAUGAUGCCAGGCCAUUCCCACCCACAGGGCCCUUCUAUGAGCCGCCGUAUGAUAUGCGUUCAUCACAAUACGAUGCAGCCAAUCCUGCAUAUUUAUAUCCCUUACAGCCAGUUUAUCCAACAUCCCACACACCGCAACAAUUCUAUGCACCAGAACCCGAAUAUCAAGUUGGGCCUAAAGAGUCCUAUGACCUACCAACUACAUACCCAUCUCAUUUGAGGCAAUCCUUAAAUGAUGAUGUUCAUAUUACGCGUGAGCCUAUUAAUAGCCCCCUUCCUCCCGGUUUCAAUGUGAAUCCCUAUUUGGAUCAAGUCAUAGCCGAUAUAGUUAGCCAGCAUGUGGCCUUUAUUGAGUCCCACAGCCCCAAAGAUGAUGAAUUGGUGGAGCAUCCUCUGGCAUGGCAGGAUAAAGAAACCAAAUCAUUCCUUAAGCUGCUCGCUGAAGGGCGCUUUCAAAGAUUAUUUGGCGAAGAAGACGAACGACCGGAUGCCUAUGCCCCUGCCGGUUUCUUUCGAUUACAAUUUCCUCCAGCGAGGCCGAGCUAUCAUUGA